UGUUUAUAUACUUCCCCAGAAAUAGCGCCAACUACAACCCACCAAUCAUCACCCAGAGAGACACACCGAUAACCAAUGACACACCCAGUGGGUGGAGUCGAAACGGUGGGCGCGGCACUAGCAGAAGCCUCUGAUUGGUCCGCUCACCGCUGGUGACGACGCUCAACGUGUUUCGCUUGUUUUGAAAUGGGAAGUUUGCAACUUUGCAAAGUGUGCAGCGCUUCUGUGCAGCCGAUCGUCCGCUAAAGAGAAACAAGCUGUUGCCUUCCCUCCGCGCAUGAAGACACGGUGGGAAAGCGCCUUUUCCAGGAUUCCCAGCUGGGUUUGACAGAUCUGCGCGUGGGAGGGAUAUGGAUGUGAUUCCCAUGUGCAGUAUUUUCCAGGAGCUGCAGAGUGUCCUUGACACGGGAUACCUGUCCGCACUGCCAUCUUUGGAGGAGUACUGGCAACAGACUUGUCUUGAGCUUGAGCGCUAUCUGCAGAACGAGCCCUACGUCUCUGCAGCUGAUCUGAGAUCAGUGUGUGAGUGUGACGAUCUGUGGAACCAGUUUCUGCGGUGCUGUGGGACUGAAGCCAGCUCGUCCCCUCCAGAAGCUUCCGGCCCCAGUCAGGACGGGAUGUCUACGGCUUCCCAUUCGUCAGUCGGCAGCUGUGAGAAGAUCAUUGGCUCUCCUGAUGCGCUUACACACCCACUGGAUCAGCAGCAUGUCACCACACACACACCCCCGACGCCACCCUCCUCGCCCUCCCUCGCUCUUUUGGAGGUUAAAGAAGAGGCAGAGGAGGCGAGAGGGGAAGAGGUCAAAGGUGAGGGGUUAUCCGAAGGACGAAGGAGAGCUCAUCGAUGUUACUUCAACGGUUGCAGGAAGGUGUACACCAAGAGCUCUCACCUGAAAGCGCAUCAACGGACACACACCGGUGAGAAGCCGUACAGGUGUUCGUGGGACGGCUGCGAGUGGUGCUUCGCUCGAAGUGAUGAACUGACAAGGCACUUCAGAAAACACACUGGAGCGAAACCCUUCAAAUGCAGCCACUGCGACAGGCGUUUCUCUCGUUCUGAUCAUCUGGCUCUCCACAUGAAGCGACACAUCUGAACGAGAGGAGUAAGGGACAGACGCACUGGUACAGCACAAUAGUGAACAGAAUCUGUGUGUGAGAAUCCCAAAGACCAGCACAACUGGUUUUCUAUGUAUUCACUGAGUGUCAGUGUUGCACUUUCUUGCCAAUUAUAUGCUUUCAGCAAAAGGGACAUAGAUUUUGUUCCCAUGCUGGUGACAUUUGACUUGUUGAUUCAAGUUAUAUAUGAUUUAAGUAUCCAUAUAUUUGCAGGCUUUGCAAAUUGCAGUAUAUUCAUUUCACUCUCCUUUAUAAAAAUAAAAUCUUGGUCCACACAGAA